CUGGCUCCUCCAGAUCCUCUCAGUUAAACUUUGCAGGAGCUAAGCGGACAGAGAAGACAGACACAAAAUGAGGCGACUCGUGGUGUUAGUUGCUUUGGCCUGCCUCGCCACGGCUCAGCACCAAGCACUGAUCGACUACUUGGAGAGGAGGCUCCUCGCGAUUGAGGACCGGAUCACUCUGUGGCAUGAACAGACCACCCGCUACGCCUCAGAGCUGCGGGAGCUGAAACAACAGAUGGUGUCACAGCUGGAGAACCUGGACAAAGAGAAAGAGACACUGCGAAUGAGUCUGGACGGCGUGGGGUCGAGGGUGGACCGUGUGGAGCGUGAGCUGGACUACCUGGAAACCCAGAAUGGCGCUCAGCCAUGUGUGGACGUGGACGACAAGCUGAUAGAACAGCAGGUGACUCUGGUGCAGGAGAAGCAGAAGGCCAAGUAUUCAAAGCUCUCAGACUGCACAGACAUGAUCUCCAGCAUAAAAGCAAUGAAGAUCUUGAAGCGUGUUGGAGGACCAAAGGGCACAUGGACCAAAGACACCAGCAGUGGCUCUGGAAAGGUCUAUAUUUUUAAUGGGACAGAUGAUGACAUCAUCUAUGAGUUUGCCUCUGUGCAAGACUUCACCCGCUCUUCGGGCUUGUCUCGGGCCAACCAACUGAAGCUGCCAUCGGCCUGGAGAGGAAUGGGCCAUGUUGUCUACAACAACUAUGCUUAUUACAUCAAACAAGACAACGAGGUAAGGUUGGUCAAGUAUGACAUCAAGAACAACUUUGUGAAAGACAGUGUAGUGUUGCCGGUCCAAGAUCACGUCCCAGUAUAUGACCUGACUCCUGAGACAGCAAUGGACUUGGCAGUAGACGAGGAAGGCCUGUGGGCCAUUUAUGCCACACGACAAAAUGAACAGCACAUCUCUCUGGCUAAGAUGGAUGCCAGUACUCUGGAUAUCGAACAGAUGUGGGACACAAACUGUCCGCGAGAGAACGCAGAAGCAGCCUUUGCCAUCUGUGGCACACUGUAUGUAGUGUACAACACUAAUCAGCCAGGUCGCUCGCGUAUCCAGUGUGUAUUUGACGUUAAUGAUAUGGUGACAAAUGAGGAUGCUCCACUGGUUUAUUUUCCAAAACGUUAUGGGACCCACUCUAGUCUGAAGUACAACCCACAGGAGCAGCUUGUCUAUGCCUGGGAUGACGGUUACCAGAUCCUCUACAAACUUGUCAUGAAAAAGAAAUUGGAAAUUUGAGCAAGUUAAUACCUUCUACCAAAACCACAGAAAUACCAAAAUCCACUCAAUGCUCCUUAAAUUUUCUCAAAGUCCCAAAAGCACAAGUGUUAUGACCAUGAAAACCACGUUCCUCAUCAGAGUACACUGCACAUCCGCUAUCACAAUUGUGUGUCUGAAAAGAACUGAAUACAGUUGCUGUACUUACCUGUGAUCUGUCCUUUUAAGUUCACAAAGUUUCUCCAACAUGAAGUUACACUGAGUGGGUUUUUUUUUGGUUGUUCUUUCACUUUUUUACAACCUGUCAUAUUAAAACAUUGUUACCAGUCACAGUUCUGAGUGUUCUAUUCAACUGUGAUCAUUAUGUCAAAUGAA